AGGUCCAGCCCAUGCUGUGUGAUCCAGCCCACUGAGGUACCGGCCAAUGUCAUUCAAGAACUGACUUUUUGGCGUCUAAGCUAAUGCUAGCAGCUUCAUAUUGCCCCGUUCAGCCUUCAUGAUCUGUGUUUUACCGGCUGAAGAUUGACGGUAUUUCCGCUCGUCGGCUCAUCCUCUAGUGUGUGUUUAGCUCCAAAAAAAAAACAAAAAAACAACAUGGCGGCCCUCAAAGCCUUGUGCAGAGCAGAGAAUUUACUCCUCAAAAACAUCACUGGCCCAUGCAGAACCAAAUUUAACCACCCUUUGAGCAAGGCCUGUGGCUGUUACUUUUCCACUUCUAACCAGAGAAGCUCACAGUUUUACUCAGAUCCUACAGAGGCAGUAAAAGACAUCUCAAAUGGAGCCACUGUUCUGGUCGGAGGCUUUGGAUUAUGUGGUAUCCCAGAAAAUCUCAUUAACAGUUUAUUGAAGACCGGUGUGAAGGGUUUAACUGCAGUCAGUAACAAUGCAGGAGUGGACAAUUUUGGCCUGGGCCUUCUCCUCCAGACCAAGCAGAUCAAAAGGAUGAUAUCCUCAUAUGUUGGGGAGAAUGCAGAGUUUGAGCGGCAGUAUUUGGCUGGGGAGUUAGAAGUGGAACUGACACCACAGGGUACUCUUGCAGAAAGGGUCAGGGCUGGGGGUGCUGGGGUCCCAGCCUUCUUCACAGCCACUGGCUAUGGCACACUGAUCCAAGAAGGAGGCUCACCUAUUAAAUACAACGCAGAUGGCACUAUUGCCAUAGCCAGUGAGCCAAGAGAGGUAAGGGAGUUCAAUGGCAGGCACUACAUCAUGGAAAAGGCCAUCACCGGAGACUUUGCUCUGAUCAAGGCAUGGAAGGCAGACAAGGCUGGAAACAUUAUUUUCAGGAAAACCGCCAGGAACUUCAAUCAGCCCAUGUGCAAGGCAGCCAAAAUCACCAUUGUUGAAGUGGAGGAGAUGGUGGAUGUUGGGACUUUUGCUGAAGAGGACAUCCACAUCCCCAGUAUCUACGUCCACAGGAUCGUCAAGGGAGCCAGCUACGAGAAAAGGAUUGAGAAACGCACAGUAAGGAAAAGUCAAGAAGCAAAGCCCAAACCAAAGAAGGACUCGGACAUUGUUCGGGAAAGAAUCAUUCGCCGGGCUGCUCUCGAGUUUGAGGAUGGAAUGUAUGCCAACCUUGGUAUCGGUAUCCCUAUGCUGGCCAGCAACUUCAUCAAACCAGACAUCACUGUACACCUCCAAAGUGAGAAUGGAAUUUUGGGACUGGGCCCAUAUCCCACAGAGGAUGCAGUUGAUGCAGACCUGAUCAAUGCAGGGAAGGAGACAGUCACUGUGCUCCCUGGUGCUGCCUAUUUUUCCAGUGAUGAGUCAUUUGCCAUGAUCCGAGGGGGUCACAUCAACUUGACAAUGCUGGGAGCCAUGCAGGUGUCAAAAUAUGGAGACCUGGCCAACUGGAUGAUUCCAGGUAAGAUGGUAAAAGGAAUGGGAGGAGCCAUGGAUUUGGUGGCGAGUGCUGGAACGAAGGUGGUGGUAACCAUGGAGCAUUCUGCAAAGGGAGGAAAACACAAAAUAUUGGACAAAUGCAUCCUGCCUUUGACAGGGAAGCAGUGUGUGGAUCGGAUCAUCACGGAAAAAGCCGUGUUUGAUGUGGAUAAGACAAAAGGCUUGACUCUCAUUGAAAUAUGGGAGGGACUCACUCCUGACGAUAUCAAGGCAUGCACCGGCACAGAAUUCGAGGUGUCUCCAAACCUGAAGCCGAUGCAGCAAAUCUAGAUGGUUUUGCACCGGAAUGUUAGAAGUAUUUUUUUGGUUUGUGUCAUUUAAUUUCUCUGUGAUAAACAUCGGGAGGUUUUAAAGUCUGGAACUUUUCAGAUAAGCUUAUAAAACACAAAUGCUCCAUUCAGUCAGUUCAGUUAUCAGCAUGCAAAUAUCGGGAGAUGACAGAGCAUUACAACUGAUACCAUGCAGAGUUAUUAGUUUUUUUACUCAUGUUGGUGCAGUUAUACCAAAUAAUAAGUCUCUGUUUUGUUUGAAAUGCAAAUAAUUUCAUGUGUACUGCCAACAAAAACACACAUACACAUAUACAAUAACUCUGAAUGUAAUUUAUCUUGUGAAUCAUUCAAUCGUAACUGUAACAUUGGCAGAGAACUGAAGGUUAUAGUUGAUAGGAGUUAGAUAACAAAUUUGUGUAUAGGUCAAGUGAUUCAUCUUGUUUUUUGCGUCUUCCCUGGUUAAAAAAAUAUAAGGCAGAUAUGACCUGAGCCUGACUGAAACAUGUCUUUAAUCAUCACUUCAGACAAACUGUACGUUGGCUUUCUUUUUUUUUUUUUUUUUUUUUUUUUCAUGUUUCAGAGUUGGAGAGAAAUAGAUUUGUUUCGGUAGAAAACAUAACGCCUUAAUAUUUUUUUACCCAGAUAUUUCCCGUCCUCUCUGCUUUUGUAUAUAGAACACAAUACCAACCUCUGUGCUGUGUUAAACAACUGGAAUUGUGUUUCUCACUAAUGAUGGUCUCACUUUGAAAGAUUUCAUGAGUGAAAACAACUCUUAUCUAAAAAAAAAAACCCAACCUUUUUUUUUUUUGUAUAUUGCAAUAAAUCUGACCACAAAAUGAUUGAAAGCAAA